AUGGUGGGAGCGAAAUCGAGCUCCAUCUCCAAACAGAAAACGAAAAUCGACAAGACGGCUACUCGGGAGGAGAAGCAACAGAUGGAGAACAAGGAGAUGCAAGGGACCCUGUCGACACACGAGGAUAAGGAGAAGGAGGUGCAGGGCGAGAUGGAGGGAGGCGAAUCGAGCUCCAUGAUCUCCAAGCGGCAGAUCAGGAAGCUCUGUCAGGAAUUGCGAGCGACAUUGGAUUACCUGAGUCUGGACAUCGAGCCAGCAGCCCCGCUAAGGGAGCCAACGGAAGACGGCACCGGCGAGGGGACAAUCCACGCCAUCUUGGAGCAGUUCGAGGAUCUGCGCGGCCGCAUCUCCAGGCUGAGGCGGAAGCUGCUGCCUUUCAAGGAGAGGUACGAGGAGGAGCUGGCCAGGCGGGACACGUACGAGGGUCUGGACGAGGAAGAGAAGGCGAGGAAGAAGAUGGACAAGGAAGAGAAGUUGUUCGACAGCUACCGCCAAGGCACCGAGUUCUCAUCCCGCCGCGUCACCUUCACGCAGCAGACCACGUUGAGCCCCAUGCACUUCACGCACUGCACGCCCGGACUGCCCCUACCCUACAAUGCUGAGACGGAAGGGGUCAGCGUGCAGGUCUACUCUUUCAAGAUCACCGAGAUCAGGUGCGACCUGCGUUGGCCGCUCCAAGUGUAUGGCGUCGUCGCCGCACGAGACAACUCGGACCGCAAGCGCAACAUCAUCUUUGAUCGGCCAAGGCACGACUGCCAGAAGCUCACCUCAGAUGAUCCCUUUUUGCGCUUGACCGGCCCGUCUCGGGCGAUUAUGGCUCUGAGCCCCGUUGACUUUGAGGUCCAGCUGAAACUUAAGGGCGCGACAGAGUGUGAAGACAGAUCACUGAUGAACCGUAGAAAACAUUACAUAGGUAGUACUAGUGAUACUCUCACCUUUGAAAACUGCCUUUGCACAGCGGAGUUAAGAGUGGAGAGACUUUCUGGUUCGGUCCAAGCCACUUUCGUGAGUGUCCGCGUCGUCCGUGGAGGUCCAUGGCCUUUUGAAUACGGAGGCCGGAUUGCUUGCUCCUCACCACCUCACGAAGUUGUGUGCGUGGAUCCUAAAGGCAUUGCAGAAGUUGUUGAUAACUCUUCAUGCUUCCAAGUUGUGUUGCUAGAUUCUCGCGACUGUGUGUGUGGAAAAAUGCCAGUUGGCAAAUAUGGUUUCCUCGAUCUGUCAAGACGGUUUGUUUCUGUCCAACUACGGAAAGAGAACUCCCGACAAUUCAAAGAUAGCCUGAAAGUUUUCUUUCAAGCCUACUCAAAGUCUGGUGGUAUUGCUGCACAAGCUGAUGUCAAGAUCAGGCCCAAGACUUGCAACAUAAGUCAGCACACUUGCGAUCUUGGUGGCUCUAAGGUGGAGAUUACCGUUGCUUGGUCAGCCAUUGUUAGGACCGACCUAUGUUAG